UCUACAAUACUGCAUACUCAGCUCAACCACCAUACAUUGCCGGUCACUCCCUUUAAUAAUAUUGAAAAGUCUGAAACUAUUCAUCCUCUAAAAAAGAAUAUAUUAGAUAAAAGCAAAUGCAAGUGGUAAUUCAGUAAUUCUUCCUCAAAUACUUAAUGAAUUACGAUUUUUCUCUUUAAGUUAAUUUUUUCUAAAAUGAGUGAGACAGUGCUUUAAAAUGGAGAUCAGAAGACGACCUCCUCCUGGACUCCGUGAUCUAGCACUGAGUUGUUUUAUUAAACCAAUCCUCCAGUGCGCAGACCUCCCAUCUGUGAAAUCUUUUCUGGAGCUCCUUCCUGAAAACCUGAAACAGCCCCUUUACAAAAAACUAAAACUGAACACAUCUACAGAAAAUUCUAAUUUCCAGCAAAUUGGCAACAUUUUUGGUUGUUUUCUGUCUUCUGUCUGGAAGAACAUUGUCUUAGAAGACAACAUUUACUCACAUCCUCAAAUAAUCCACUUUGCUCUGAAAAAUAUCAAGGUUUGUGCUGGAUUGGAGAGGUUUGAAGUAGGGUCUAGGAUAUCCAAUCAAAACCUUGAUGAUGUAAAAACCUCUCUCCUUCACGUCUCCACUCUACAAUCUAUUACAAGCAUAAAACUGAACAUUGGGUUCAAAGUUCUAAAAUCUAACGACGACCUUUCGAAAUUCAUUUUGAACUUGGAAACUUCGAAAAUCAGAGAGCUAAUGAUACCGUAUGUAUCCCUGGACAAGAGAUCAAUAGAUGCCUUAUUGAAGCUGAAAUCAUUGAAGAUUUUGAGUUUGGACAAUUCGGAGAUGAGUACUGUACAUGUUGUACAACUGUUGACAGGACUGCCUGACCUACUAAGCUUAUCAGCUGUUUGGGGUAGAACCAACAGAGUUCUCCCAGCCAUCAGUUCUUUAACAGAAUCCAACAAAUUAAAUCUCAAACAUCUCUUUCUCAGGGAGCCUCCAAGGAUCCGAAUGACCAGCCUCCAAAACCAGCUCCAAAAUCUGACAAAUAUAAAGAUGGUUUGGAAUAUACUGGAGAUUAUCGGGAUGAAUCUAUUAUAUCUGAUUCAGCUGUCCAUCAAAAUCCAGGAGACAUUAAACAAACUGACCAGUCUUGAAUUGCUUGAAUGUGAAUUUCUUCAUCCUGCAACAUUAGACCCUGUGGCCCGUCAGCCCAAUUUGAAACAUUUAUCCAUUAUAAAUUCAGAUGUAAUAGGCGAUGAAAUGUUUUUUGAGGUUCCAGAACUGGCCAGUUCUCCUUUUUCCGCGCUGCAAACUCUUCACGUAGAAGGAAAUAUUACAAGUCCGUUAGUUCUAUACUUGACUGAGAAAUCCAAGUUACUUGAAACCGUUCACAUAAAAUCUACAAAUUCUAAAUUAGACGGAUAUAUGUUUAACCAUUUCUACGUCUAUCCGAAAUCCUUUCUAAAAUCUUUCCAGGUUGAGUUCAUAUCUCAUAAACAAGAUGAUAUUAUCAAAACCCUGGAACAGAUAGCUUUACAAUCUCCUAGCUUAGUAGCUAUAGGAUGCCUGCAAGGUCUAGGAAAUGUUUCAGAAGAGCAGAAAAUCAAACUGAAAUGUUUUAUAAAAAAUAAUAAUAUGAAUAUUGAUGUACAAUAAUAAACUUAUCUAAUUA